CACAUGUUGCUUCUUAAACAUCCUACGGAUAUUUAUAACUCUAUAUCAAGACAUUCUGGAUACGCGCUGAGCGCGCAAAAGGACUUAUGACAUGCGGUUAUGGUGCCAUGGUGGCAGAAGUUAAAAUGACGUCUUUUGGCGAGCAGUUGGUGCGCUCAGAAUGGCCCGGGAGGAUUCAGUGAAGUGUCUGCGUUGUCUGCUCUACGCGCUCAACUUUCUCUUCUGGCUUAUGGCCCUGUGUGCGCUGGGAGUGUCCGCCUGCCUCAGGGAUCACCUGAACAAUGUGCUCACCUUAACCGCCGACACCAGACUGGAGGAGGCAGCCGUUCUCACAUACUCCCCUGUCGUCCAUCCUGUCGUCAUCGCCGUGUGCUGUUUUCUAAUCAUCGUGGCUAUGGUGGGCUACUGUGGCACGCUCAAGUGCAAUCUGCUCCUACUGUCUUGGUAUUUUGGCAGUCUGAUGGUGAUAUUCUGUGUGGAGCUGGCCAGUGGAGUGUGGACGUACGACGAGCCUAUGGUACAGAGGUCUGAUAUGAUAAGUCUAAAGUCUCGUAUGCCUCAUUUCGGUCUGCAGCGCUACCAGUGGCUCACACAUGCCUGGAACUCUUUACAAACAGAGUUAAAGUGUUGUGGAGUGAUCUACUUCACUGACUGGCUGGAAAUGACAGAGAUGGAGUGGCCACCUGACUCCUGCUGCUCCAAUCAGUAUCCAGGAUGUGCCCGCCACGCCCACUACCAUGACCUCAGUGACCUUUACCAGGAGGGUUGUGGUCCCAAGAUCUACAGUUUUAUCCGUGGCACCAAACAGCUGCAGGUGCUGAGGUUCUUGGGCGUGUCGAUUGGUGUGGCUCAGAUCUUAGCCAUGACGUUGACUGUGACACUCCUAUGGGCUCUCUAUUAUGACCACAAACCACCUGAACCAGCAUCCCCGGAUGCUUUAAUCCACACGCACAGUUCCGCAGAAGAUGGCCUGAAGCCCAGCCACUCACAUCCACGAGUGCCUGAGGCCUGGGCCAAUGUGCCCGCUAAUGGACACACCCAGUUUGAGAUGGAGCAACUUUCCUAGCAGUGACUUCAUGGUGACCCAUCGGCUACUUCAAUACUGCGGAGACACUAAAAAUUACACUGAAUGGAUCGGACAGCAGCAGUGAACUGGACCAGAAAAUGGACCUUGUGGAAUAUGAAGUAGUUCUGGGUGCCUGGAUAAUAGGAUUUAGAUGGUGUGAACAGUUUUACAGAAAACUUUAUAUACCCGUGGAUAAAGCGGCUUUUUGUGGUCAUCACAUGGAAGAUGAAGAGGAUUUACUGGGUUCUUCCUAAAUAAAGCCACUGCCUCUGUCUCUACAGACUUGGAAUCUACAGAGGGAGGUUUCUGGAAUGAACCGUUUUCGCUUAAAUCUUCCUUCCUCUCAGUGAAAUUGCCCAUCACCACUUACAAUGACCUAGUUGCGAAUCUGAUGCACACUAUGAUUUUGGCCACUAUUUUGCCAUGUAAGAAUUUUUUUUUAAAAGAUUAAUUUUAUCGUAGUCCAAAAUCAAUUUGCAUUUUGGCAUUCUCUUCAUGUAAUGAUCACAAUUUACCUCACAUUUGUUCGGAAAAAUUCACAAAUUCCUUCUUUCACCAAGCUACGACAGACUUCAAACACUCCAGCUUUCUUUUUCUCCUUUACUAGCACAAAGGUUUGUGUGGUACUAUUUCAAUGUUUGUUUGAACAUUCAUAUUCAUUUAAAUUGGCGUUAAUGACAAUUUU